AUGUCCAUGCUGCCCACCUUCGGCUUCACGCAGGAGCAAGUGGCCUGCGUGUGCGAGGUACUGCAGCAGGGCGGCAACAUCGAGCGGCUGGGCCGCUUCCUGUGGUCGCUGCCCGCCUGCGAGCACCUCCACAAGAAUGAAAGCGUACUCAAGGCCAAGGCCGUGGUGGCCUUCCACCGCGGCAACUUCCGCGAGCUCUACAAGAUCCUGGAGAGCCACCAGUUUUCGCCGCACAACCACGCCAAGCUGCAGCAGCUGUGGCUCAAGGCGCACUACAUCGAGGCGGAGAAGCUGCGCGGCCGGCCCCUGGGCGCUGUGGGCAAAUACCGCGUGCGCCGCAAGUUCCCGCUGCCUCGCUCCAUCUGGGACGGCGAGGAGACCAGCUACUGCUUCAAGGAAAAGAGUCGCAGUGUUCUGCGCGAGUGGUACGCGCACAACCCCUACCCUUCACCCCGCGAGAAGCGCGAGCUGGCCGAGGCCACGGGCCUCACCACCACGCAGGUCAGCAACUGGUUUAAGAACCGGCGGCAGCGCGACCGGGCGGCCGAGGCCAAAGAAAGGGAGAACAGCGAGAACUCCAACUCCAACAGCCACAAUCCACUGGCUUCGUCCCUGAACGGCAGCGGCAAGUCGGUGCUAGGCAGCUCGGAGGACGAGAAGACGCCGUCGGGAACCCCAGAUCACUCGUCGUCCAGCCCCGCGCUGCUGCUCAGCCCGCCGCCGCCACCUGGGCUGCCGUCCCUGCACAGCCUAGGCCACCCUCCGGGCCCCAGCGCCGUGCCGGUGCCCGUGCCGGGCGGAGGCGGCGCGGAUCCACUGCAGCACCACCACGGCCUGCAGGACUCCAUCCUCAACCCGAUGUCGGCCAACCUCGUGGACCUGGGCUCCUAG